GCGGAGGAGGUGUGGUGCGGCGCGCAGUGGGAGGCGGCGUGGCCACGGAGGGCGCGGCCGGUGGUGCUCGCCGGGGAAGACGCGGCCCCUGACCGCGCCGGAGCGGGCGCCGGGGAUUCCGGCGUGGGGCGUGCCAGGAGCCUGACGGACGACGACCUGGAGGAGCUCAAGGGGUGCGUGGAUCUGGGGUUCGGGUUCAGCUACAACGAGAUCCCCGAGCUGUGCGGCACCCUGCCCGCGCUCGAGCUCUGCUACUCCAUGAGCCAGCGGUUCUUGGACGAGCACCAGCCGCCGUCCAAGGCCGAGGAGUUGGCUCCGGAGCCGCCGGCGGUCGUGCCUCCUUCGCCGGCCCAACCCAUCCCCAACUGGAAGAUUUCCUGCCCUGGGGACAGCCCAGAUGAGGUGAAGGCGAGGCUCAAGUACUGGGCGCAGGCGGUGGCGUGCACCGUCAAGCUGUGCAGCUGAUCAACUGCACGGUCAAUCAAUCCUGCGGACGCAGGAAGACGAAGCCAACUCAUACUCGCAAGGCGGCAACCCAAUUCAUCAGGCGACCUAUGUGCACGAGAGCACGCCAUCUGCCCGAAUCGCGUGGAAAUUACAUUGCAUUGCAUCAAUUCAUCGCCAUCAUCACGACAAGCACAGGAAGGGUGCACGCAUCAUAUUGUGGACUUGGGAUUGCGCCUCUGAUGACAGGAAGCGAAGAAGCGAGCGAGGAGAUGUCACCGGCCAUUUCUAAUGCGGCACUCACACAUUAUGAUUUAGUAUGAAUCACUGAAUUUCCUUUCAAAAGAAAGUAUGAAUCCUUGAUCAGCAGCUGUAGCUAAUUUAUUCAUGUAAACAGACAACGUAUAAUGUGUUCUCAACCAAUUCAUUUUGGAAAUAAUAAUUGAUCUCGUGCUGA